AUGGUUAGUGUCGCGCAAGUGAAGCACAAACUAUGGAACCUUCUUCACCAGCUAUGUCACGAUCCGAAGCGCCUGGUUCGUGGACUAGUGCUGUUCAUCUGCAGCAUUGUCGUUAUGUAUCAGCUGACAGAUUGUUUCAAGAAGCUGUUCAAUCCACCAAUCUCAACCCACUCCCGGUUUGACCUAAACGACUCCAUGCUCUAUCCUGCCAUUACCUUUUGUCGCGAACCUGCCUAUAAGGCAGAUGUCAUGGCGAAGUACAACCUGGCGAUGCAUCCCAAGUACACUAGCUCAUUCGAUCGAUUUCCCUUCAACGAGACCACGCUGGAGCAACUGUUCAGCGAGGCAACAUACAAUCACACCGAGUUUUUCAUCCAGCACGGAUUGAACGGUGGCACAAACAAUAUAGAAGUGGUGGAAAGUUUACACUUGGAUAUGGGACGAUGCUACACACUGAACCCGCUAACCACAACGAAACACUCUUGGAAGGAGGCUGGAUACUCGAUCAUGUUGAGGCAUGACACGAAUAUCUCGCAAGUAAGCGUUGGUGACACACCUCCCGGCUGGCACGUAUUCAUUCAUGACAAAACUGAAGGAUUUGCUGAGAACCGCAUGCAAUCUUCCGGUCGUGUGGAAUAUUUGUAUCUGGAGGUCAACGAAGAAAUGGAAAUUCGUCUAUCAACGCAGCACUUCUUUAUGCUUGCGAGUUACGAAAAUGAAUGCGUAGAGUUUUCCAGCGUUAGCUCUACCAAGUGCGGCGAAGUUUGCCAUUGGAACGCAGUGGUUACAGGAGUCGGAUGUUCCGGACCGUGGAUGCCGGGACUAGAGGCCCCCGAAUGCAAUAACUCCGAAAGCACGAAACAAUUAAUUAAACUCUAUCGCAAUCUGGAGGAUCUAGAUGGGACACAGUGCGGUUGCUUUCAACCCUGCACCACAACAAUCUACACCGCUUCCGUGAUGAAUCGCAAACCCUUCCACAUCAGUGUUCCAGCUGCACAGCUUUGGGUGUACUACACCUCCAAAAUGGUCACUAUUGUAGAAGAAUUUCAUGGCUAUGACUUCAACCAAUUCGUCUCGGACCUGGGAGGAUCACUUGGAUUUUUGCUCGGUUUGUCAGUUCUUGGGCUUAUUGGAUUGCUAGAGAAAAUCGUGGAGCUGGUCUUCAUUCGUCGAUUGAUAGCUGAAAAGCGUAAGAAACAAAUGGCAAGCGAAGUAGUGAGCAACGAUUCAAUACAACCAACCAACCCCGAUGAUGGGCACCCUCCCAAGUUUGUAGACGAUCCGAACCUGCCUGAAAAAGGACCACCUAUAGACACUGCUCUGAAACAGUGA